AUUAUUGGUAGGUCGACAUGUACGCUCCGGUGCGACGCCGUCUCCUGUCGCCAAGAAAGACCAUCGCAUAUCGCCUCACGUCGGCGCCAGCCCAACCCGCUCGCCGCGCAGCGCACAGACACUAUGGAACGUUGUUCACAUCUUCGACGGGCACGGUUCGCUUCCGACAUAGAAUUGCGUCCUCGGCUGCCGCUGCGUUCCGGAAUCUACAUGUUCGCGCAUUGUCAUACUCGUCUAUACCCAAGUUUGUCGCCAGGGCGUUGAGGGUGCCCGCCGCAGGUGUUGCUAUGGGGGCCGGUGGGCUUGGUUAUGCAAAUUAUAAGUUCGAAGAGAUACGCCAGAAGACGAAUGGAUGGAUAACAACGUUCCAAGAUACAGCAGCAGAUUUGUUCGACUCUGCAUCGGACGGACUCAAAUCGGUCCAAGCCCGCCUUGCCGAAGUCGAACUACCAGAUAUCGAUACACCACAAUUCCUCAAGGAUUUCUUCUCGGAUGGCAGUGGCAGCGGUGGGGCGGAUAAUAGCCGUCACACCAAUAGCUCAGACGAAGAAGGCAAAAAUCGGAAGCGCUCCCCUGAAGAAGAAGCUUUGAUAGCCUCGCUUGUCGCCACAACUAUGUCGGCGCCGUCAGAUUCUUCGAACAGUAACGACGGUUUAGAUGCGCGCCAGAAUGGCCUUAUGAAUUUGACGAAGAAACUGAUCGAGAUCAGGAGCAUGCUUCUUAGCAUCGACCAGAGCGACUCCUUGAAAUUGCCUAGCAUCGUCGUAAUUGGGAGCCAAAGUUCAGGAAAAAGCUCCGUGCUGGAGGCUAUCGUCGGCCACGAAUUUCUUCCGAAGGGCAAUAAUAUGGUAACACGCCGCCCAAUCGAACUGACUCUCAUACACACACCUCCAACAGCCGACGCACCCACCCCCACCGAGUACGGCGAAUUCCCUUCCCUGGGCCUUGGCAAGAUCACCAACUUCUCUUCCAUUCAAAAAAUCUUGACCGACCUCAACCUCGCCGUGCCUAGUACCGAAGCUGUCUCUUCAGAACCCAUAGAUCUCCGGAUUUACAGCCCACACAUACCCGACCUCACACUAAUCGAUCUGCCUGGAUACGUCCAGAUCUCAUCUAUGGAUCAGCCAGAAGAGCUCCGCGAGAAGAUCUCCUCUUUGUGUGAUAAAUAUAUUCGCGAACCGAAUAUUAUUCUUGCAGUAUGCGCAGCGGACGUCGAUCUCGCCAACUCUCCCGCGUUGAGAGCGAGUAGGAAAGUCGAUCCGCUGGGCCUGAGAACCAUUGGCGUAGUAACAAAGAUGGAUCUGGUAACACCCGACGAAGGUGUGGGUAUAUUGACGAACAAUCGAUACCCACUGCAUCUAGGCUACGUGGGCGUCGUGGCCAAAUCUGGAGGGAAACAGACUUCGUCUUUGUCGGAGAGGGCAGUUUCCAAGCAGACUGAAGAAGAUUACUUCAACGUGCAUAAAGCGCUCUUCGGUCCUUCCUCGUCUUUGUCAGGCAUCAUGGUCGGGACAGAUACCUUACGCCGGCGUCUGAUGGAGGUCCUCGAAUCCUCGAUGGCUUCAUCCUUACACAGCAUAACCAACGCCGUACAGCUCGAGCUCGAAGAAGCAACCUACCAAUUCAAAGUCCAGUACAACGACCGACGUAUCUCGUCCGAAUCAUACGUUGCCGAAACUGUCGAUGCUCUCAAAGCCCGAUUCAGAGAGUAUGCGACACAGUUCCGGAAACCUGCGGUGAGGCAACGACUGAAGGAGAUGCUAGACGAGCGGGUGAUGGAUAUCCUUGAGCAGCUGUAUUGGAUGGACAAGCGAGUCGAGGAGCUCGGUGUGUCGGGUGCGGAUACGAAAGUGAAGACAGCGAGGGACGUCGAUGCAUACUGGAGGCACAAGCUCGACGCAGCAUCGUCGUUGUUGACGAAGUCGGGUGUCGGGAGAGACGCGACGGUGCUCGUCGCGGAUGGUUUGCGGACUUUGAUUGAUUCGAUUGCGAGCGGAGAACCGUUUAACCAUCAUCCACGUGCCGCGGAGAGACUCGUGCAGUUCUCCCAUAUCAUAUUGAGGGACCGGAUAGGAAUGACAUCAGAUCAGGUCGAGAAUUGUAUCAAACCUUACAAGUACGAAGUCGAUGUGGACAAGGGAGAGUGGGAGAUCGGACGGCAACGGGCAGUGGAGUUAUUCGAGAAGGAGGCGGCGAUGUGUGAAGGGAAGUUGAGCGAGAUACGGAAGAAGAUAGGAGGAAGGAGGCGGCUGAACGGGUUAAUUGGUUAUGUGAAAGAAUUGGAAGAGAAGGAGAGGGAACGGAAGGCCAGAAGGUUGAAGGGGGAGGACGUCGAAGAGGACGUCGAAGAGUACAAGUACCCCCAGGCACAGGUUUUGGACGCGCGCCACGCUGUGCUGUACAAUGACAGACUCGCGAUACUGAAGCUGCGCCUCGCAGCGCUCAAGUCGAAGCGGUGCAAAACUGGUCCGGAGAAUGACGUUUUCUGCCCAGAAGUUUUCCUCAACGUUGUGGCCGACAAGCUCGCGCACACAUCAACGAUGUUCAUCAACAUCGAGCUCCUAGACCAUUUCUUCUAUCAGUUCCCCCGCGAAAUUGACUCUCGGCUGAUAUAUGAUCUCGACCGCAAAGAGAUCGUGGAGUUUGCGAGGGAGAAUCCGAGCAUACGACGACAUCUUGACCUUCAGGAGCGAAAGGACAAGCUCGAAGAGGUGAUGAAGCAGCUCAACAGCUUGUCAACGCUUCGUGCAGACACCGCUCCCACCCCACGACGACAGAGAGGGCUCUUUGGCGGGAGCAUCUUUUGAUCCUUUACCCUCGACGCUUCGUUUGUUGUGUCAUGCAUACAGUUUCCACACAUUUGAGAUCGUCGUAUCACCCAGCAACACUCCCACCUUCGUUUUUUUAUAUGUUGAUUUACGUGUUGACCUCACUCAUGAAGUGAUCCCAAAUUCAUGUCUAUUGGUGGUAACUGAAUGCGAGUAAAUUACUAUCGCUCACAUUUCAAGUACAGCAAUGCUUGAGCCGUACUGCUUCUUGUACCGUCUGGAUACCUCCAAUCGGGGAGCACCACUUGGUCCAUGGAACCAUCUGCAAGCCAGUUCAAGACUUUGAUGGUCGAUCGGCGUCUGGGGGAGAUGUUAUCCAACACAGAUGUGCAAACUCGCCAAGUACUCAUGUCGCCCAUACAAUGGUCGGCUAAUUAUGUAUGUCUUUAUGUGUUACUUCGGAGGAAACGAUGUGUAGUUGCGGGGCACAAACA